GCCGGGGGUUGGGGGAGCUGAGGGGGUGCUCCCCUGUGUGUGGGUGGGGAAGAGGUGGUCGUCUCAAGUCCGAUCUGUCUUGGGUUCUCGCAUCCUCACUGCUUCUCCAGGCUUCCCUUUCCUCCGCCUCCAACCCACAGACCUCUCUCCGGACCCCUCACUCCCUUCCCGGGAAGGGGAGCGAGCGCUGGAGGGCUGGGACUGCACCGGGGCGGAGCUGCCUGUCGGGUCGGUAGGUAAGGAAAGCGAAGAGCAGAGGGUCGGAGCCAUAGACCUCCCGUCGAGGCUCCUCCUGCUGGUCCCCUCCUGCCUGCGGCUGGCUGGCCGCAGCUCACACCAAAAAUUGGAUCUUCUGCUCAGCCUGCAAGACUUGCAAACUCUUCCUGCACCCUCCUCCCGCAUUAGGAGUCUUUGCCCUCUGGUUGCCCCCUUCCCCAACCCCCCUCCGGUCCUCCUCCUCACUUGGGAGAAUUUCAUGCUUCUUUUAGCACCUUUUUGUAAUCCAGGGGAGGUGACACCCCAGAGCUCCAACUACCUCAGCUGAAUUCUACCUUUGUUUUCUUUUCUCCCUCGCUUCCUCUUGUUUUCCUCUCAUCUGAUUCAUCUGCGAAGUCCGACGCUUCUGCCAGAGGGAGCGAGGAAUAAAUAGAUGCUGCGGCCCCAGAAGGGCUUAGACGUCGGGAAAGAGCAGCCAGAGCUGCAGGAGCGGCAGGGGCGGCGGCGGCUGGAGCUCGGCGAAGCUCGUGGUACCCCAUUGGGGGAAUUUGAUCCAAGGAAGCUGUGAGAUUGCCGGGGGAGGAGAAGUUCCCAGAUCAUUGUGUCCACUUCCAGGGGGGGAGGAGGAGACGGCGGAGCGGGCCUCUUGGCGUCCUCGGCACUGCUGCACCCUGCCCCGUCCCGCCGGGAUCAUGGUCUGCGGCAGCCCGGGAGGGAUGCUGCUGCUGCUGCGGGCCGGGCUGCUCGCCCUGGCUGCGCUCUGCCUGCUCCGCGUGCCCGGAGCUCGGGCGGCAGCCUGUGAGCCCGUCCGCAUCCCGCUGUGCAAGUCCCUGCCCUGGAACAUGACCAAGAUGCCCAACCACCUGCACCACAGCACCCAGGCCAACGCCAUCCUGGCCAUCGAGCAGUUCGAAGGUCUGCUGGGCACCCACUGCAGCCCGGAUCUGCUCUUCUUCCUCUGCGCCAUGUACGCGCCCAUCUGCACCAUUGACUUCCAGCACGAGCCCAUCAAGCCCUGCAAGUCUGUGUGCGAGCGGGCCCGGCAGGGCUGCGAGCCCAUCCUCAUCAAGUACCGCCACUCGUGGCCGGAAAGCCUGGCCUGUGAGGAGCUGCCGGUUUAUGACCGCGGCGUGUGCAUCUCUCCCGAGGCCAUCGUCACUGCAGACGGAGCCGAUUUUCCUAUGGAUUCUAGUAAUGGAAACUGUAGAGGGGCAAGCAGUGAACGCUGCAAAUGUAAACCUAUCAGAGCUACACAGAAGACCUAUUUCCGAAACAAUUACAACUAUGUCAUUCGGGCUAAAGUUAAAGAAGUAAAGAUCAAGUGCCAUGAUGUGACUGCAGUAGUGGAGGUGAAGGAGAUUUUAAAGGCUUCUCUGGUAAACAUUCCAAGGGACACUGUUAACCUUUACACCAGCUCCGGUUGCCUGUGUCCUCCACUUAACGUCAAUGAGGAGUAUCUCAUCAUGGGCUAUGAAGAUGAGGAACGCUCCAGAUUACUGUUGGUGGAAGGUUCUAUUGCUGAGAAAUGGAAGGAUCGACUUGGUAAAAAAGUUAAGCGCUGGGAUCUGAAGCUCCGUCAUCUUGGACUGAAUAAAAGUGAUUCUAGCCAUAGUGAUUCCACUCAGAGUCAGAAGUCUGGUAGGAACGCUAACCCCCGGCAAGCGCGCAACUAAAUCCUGAAAUGCAGAAAAUCCUCAGUGGACUUCCUAUUAAGACUUGCGUUGCUGGACUAGCAAAGGAAAAUUGCACUAUUGCACGUCAUAUUCUAUUUUUUAACCACAAAAAUCAGGUGGUAACUGAUAUUACUUCUAUUUUUUCUUUUGUUUUCUGCUUUUCUCCUUUCCUCCAUCCCUACUCCCCUUUUUUGUGGUCUGGGUGCAGAUCCUUAAAUAUAUUAUAUGUAUUCUAUUUCACUAAUCAUGGGAAAACUGUUCUUUGCAAUAAUAAUAAAUUAAACAUGUUGAUACCAGGGCCUCUUUGCUGGAGUAAAUGUUAAUUUACUGUUCUGCACCCAGAUUGGGAAUGCAAUAUUGGAUGCAAAGAGUGAUUUCUGGUAUACACAGAAAGCUAGAUAGGCUGUAAAGCAUACUUUGCUGAUCUAAUUACAGCCUCAUUUUUGCAUGCCUUUUGGGCAUUCUCCUCACGCUUAGAAAGUUCUAAAUGUUUAUAAAGGUAAAAUGGCAGUUUGAAAUCAAAUGCCACACAGGCAAAGCGAUCAAGCACCAGGAAGCAUUUAUGAGGAAACGACACGCAAGAUGAAUUAUUUGCAAGAUUGGCAGGAAGCAAAAUAAACAGUGUUAGGAGCUGGGGAAAGAGCAUUUUGCCUGAUCAAGAAGCACAACUGAAACCAGUAGCUGGUUGGGGUGUUAACAGCAGCGUUUCUCUUUUGGCAACACAUUCGAUUUGUUUGUGAAUAUAUUAAUCAGCAUUAGGGAAGUGAAUUAUAACCAGACAUCAGCUGUUAUCAGCAUGGCUCUGUUUAAUUUGCUUCCUUUUAGAUAAACCCAUUGGUGUAACUCUUUUUUUUCUUCUUCUUUUAAAAUAAAUCUCACUUGCUGCAUUUGACCAGGAAAAGAAAGUGUGUAAGCAUAUGCACCAGGGUGUUAUUCUUUUAAAGAUAUGGGGCUCUCUAAAAUGCUGUAGUUGCAGGAUGGUAAAACGUGCAAGAUUCUGGGUGUGGGUGUGUCUGUGUGUGUUAGCGUGGGGUGUGUGUCCGUACACUCACACCCAAGCUGAACUGAAUUACAGGCCUGUGCAGUGGCCUGCACUUUAUCAUUUGGAUUUGUGCUGUUUAAUGCUCAGUAAAAUAUGCUUAAUAAAAGGAAUUACGGUUGUCAGGAGA